AUGGAUGGUAAGAUUUUUCGAAUUUUGUAUUGCCCCUACCCCAAAAAUUCUAUAAGUAGGUUACCAGGUGUAUUUGUCAGAGAGAUUUUAAGUAUUUUUGAAUUCAAUAAGGCUACGGCAUUUCUUACAAAUACGUUCCAGGGGAUAUCUUGGAUUAGCGCAAGUUUAGCUAUACCUAACAUAUUGUUACGUAAAUCAAUCGGAACGUUAAGAAGAAGUUUGCCUUCCAAUAUAAUUUUUGAGUCGCUAAGAUUUCGGUUACGAAAUGUCAUCGCAAAUAAGUCGGAGAAAUGGUCGUCAACUCAUGAAAGAAAACUUAAGAUCUUGUAUACUGCGGAUAACAAACAUGUUGUGAAAAGAUUUUCACCUAAUUUUAUACAUAACUUUUCUUCGUAUGUUUUGAGUCCUUGUGAAAAAGAAGCUUUAUCCUACAACUUAGAUUAUGCAAUACCAUCAAAGCAUCAUACACGAAAAUUAGAAACUGAAUUUGAAAAAUACCAUCCAGCUCACCGAAAUAACAAUCGUAAUAUAUGUGUACUGAAGCAAGAUAAAGAAAGAGGUGUAGUUAUUAUAGACCGAACGAAUUAUAUUGAGAAAUGUGAAAAACUUCUGAUACCUGAAAAGUUUAAAAUGUUACGAUCAGAUGUUACGUCAAAACUGGAAGGUCAAGUUCAGAGAGCACUUAGAAAAAUUAAACCUUGUCUCACAGUAAGCGAAUACAAAAAGUUGUGUCCACAAGGUUCCAGCCCGGCUCAGUUUUAUGGUACCGCCAAGGUUCGCAAAAUACCACCUAAUCCUACAGUAGCUGACGAUUUACCAUUACAACCCAUCAUAUCGAAUAUCGGAUCUGCUACUUAUAACACAUCAAAGUACCUUGCGAAAUUGUUAACACCACUGACACAGUCAACAUAUACUACUGAAAGCUCUUUAGAUUUCAUAUCAUCAUUGAAAGGAGAGAAGAUACCUCAUAACUACAAACUACUAUCUUUUGACGUCACUAGUUUAAUCACCAACCUGUAUAUUCAAGCUGAUGGUGUAGCAAUGGGCUCGCCUCUAGGAACAGUCCUAGCAAAUAUCUUCAUGUUUGAGUUGGAGAAUGAAAUAGUCCCAAAACUAGAAAAUUCAGUAAAAUUUUGGAAGCAUUAUGUAGAUGACACUAUAUGUUUUGUUAAUGAAAAACAGAUAAACAAUGUGCUGGUCACACUUAAUAGUUACCAUUCGAAUAUCCAGUGCACAUAUGAAGUUGAAAACGACAAUUACAUAGCCUUUCAUGAUGUGAAAGUGAAAUUCAUUUAA